ACUGUUUGUGUGCAAGUCAGACGGGUGAGAGCGCGUCAUUGCGUUCGUGUGAAGUGCAGUGUGGUGGUUUUCGCCAUGCGUGAUUUAGCCACCAAAAUGGCUGAAUUGAAAUUCGAGGCCCCCCUGGCCCAAUUCGAGGAAUCCGACGAGUGGGGCUCCACGGAAUUCCAGUCGGCCAACCUGAAGAACGAGAACGCAAUCAAUAACAUCAACUGCAACAAGAAGAAACAGGACAUAAACGACGUGUUGAAUGAUUUCAACGAAGACAUCCUGAAUAAUUCGAUGCCGAACGUACCCCCGAAGAUAAUCAUGAGGAAGGGUGAUACCCCCUCCGUGGCUGACAAUUUCACGGAGACCUUUUCUGGAUCUCUCGAAGAUCUCGUCAACACUUUCGAUGACAAGAUAACGAAGUGUUUCGGGAAUUACGAGGAAUCGGUGGAGACAUUGGCACCUGUUCAAGUGAGGAGUCAGGAGGAGAUAAUGAACGAAUGCCAGAUGUGGUGGACUCUCACUGGAAAUUUUGGAAAUAUACUCCCAAUAGAUUGGUCAAAAUCUUAUGCUAGAAAAUUGCAAAUAAAUGCAUUACAUCUAGAUCAGGACGAAGCGGUAGCCGGUGACCUUGACAUGCACGCCCUCAUUUUGGGCACCGCGGGCGCGCCCCACGACGUCGAGCCUCUCAAGACGGCCGACGAGGUCAUUCGAGAGAUCGACGACAUGAUGCAGGAGGACGACGAAGAGGCGGAGGAGGAGGAGGAAGCCAGAACUGCGAGGCUGGAGAGCCGCGAGCUGAACGAGCUGUUCCUCGAGCUGGAAGUGCUGAUAAGAGAGUUCUCAGAAACGCUGAUCUCAGAACUGGCCCUGCGAGACGAACUGGAGUACGAGAAGGAGCUGAAGAACACUUUCAUCUCGCUGUUGUUAGCGGUGCAGAACAAAAGGCGGCAGUAUCACGUGGAGAAAAAGAGGUCCGCGAAAAAUUCUGCGAUGAAAAAUUCGAAUGGAUUGGACCCGAAGUAUUUGACAACUGUUAUUCCAUACCAUAUAGAUAGUGGAACUCCAGAUAAUCAAACUCUCCAAAUCCUAAUCAAAAUACUGAAAGCCAUCAAUGAAGAUAGCCCUACCGUGCCCACUUUAUUGACAGAUUAUAUACUGAAAGUUUUCCUGAGAGAUUGGCCAUAUUGUAUUUACUGAUUGUUCGAUGGGGAUUUAGUAUAGAGAUUUCCUUCACGUAUCAAAAGAACAAAAAAAUCACCCUGUAUAUUGAAUAAAACGCUCGUUUUGUAGCCUGCAAUGAAUCCUUUUGUUGAGUAUAACUAAUGUGAAUAUGCAACACAGCAAGGAAAUUGAGGUUGAACUUCUUCAUAGUAUCUUCACACCAUCAGUAAUAUAUCUUUUAAUAGUCUCAAAAGUAGCUUUUUGUUGGAUCAGUUCAAGUAAAAAAUACCACUUUCAUCAACUUAUCAGAAUCUACACCACAAAGCAAGUCAAUUGCUCCUAGUUCACCUCAUUUUUCUUGGUGUGUUCAUGAAUAUUUAUAUCAUGUGUUUUGAAAACCGGAAAGAUGUGAUAUUGACGGUUUCAGAAGAAUACGAAAGUAUAUAAAUGUAAUGUAUUCGUGGAUAUAUUUUUCCUGCAAUGUAUAUUUCAUGUUAUUUUCUAUUUCAAUAUGGAGGGCAUAAGUGUUUGGAUUCGAUCAUAUAAACAUUUUUAACAAAAUUCAUUCACCUACGAACUGGUAGCUCUUACGGAAAUAUGUUUGAGAAUGCAUUCCAGAUUAAUGCAGCUUGGAGUAUGAAAAAUAGAUGUAAUUGUUGAUUUUUUCAUAACCAAAUUUUAUUUCCUGCCGUUGAAAUGAUAUAUCGAAUAUAUACAUCUGGGUAUCGAAGAUAAUGAGAAAAUGACUGGAUACGUGAUUUUGCUUUCAAAAUCAGUGCAACGAGCUCUCAUUAUAUAAUUGUUCCGAAACCUUGAAAGUAAUAGAAUUACGCAGCUUCAAAGUUCGAUUCUCUCCAAAUUUGGAUGGAGAAUAGAAAGGAACAGUGGUGAUUCGAAAAAAUGUUAUACAAACUUGCUGCAUUAAUUCUAAAAGUAGGACCACCACUCGAUUUAUUUGCUGAUAAUUUUCAGACACCCUAUCUAUAGUUAAAGUAAGAGCAAUAGCCACAACAGUUGAAUACAGAAAUAAUAAAAUAGAAUGACAAUUUCUAAUGCUAUCUGCUAAUUUUUCAUGCAAUUGUUCCUUUAUUUCAGUUAUAUUUAUGAUAAGUGAAUGUGAAAUGCUGUAGAUUCUGGUGUAGUACAUUGUUUUUAGCAUUAUAUUACAGAUAAUAUUUUUUAUAAGAUAUAAUGUGAUUGUUUCAUAUUGUCAUGUGAAUCUAGAAAUAAAGAUUGCCUGCUCUCGAAAAUUGUAUAAUGUUAGGGUGACAAAUGAUGCUUUCAUGAUUCUUGCCAUAUUAAUUUAAUACCUAAUUUCAAUGAUAUUUAAUUUAUUAUUAGAAAACUUUACAUGUUUCAAGAAGCAGCAUGAAUUUAGAUCUCUUGAAAAUAAAACUUCCUCUGACAUAUU